CCGGCGCUUGGCUGGGUCCGGGAAGGGGCUGCCGAGCACUUCCGCUCCGUCCUGCGCGGCGCCGCCUCCCGGGCCUCCAAGAUGGCCACCGGGGCGGGGCCAAGAGGCUCCAACAAUUUCCGCUUCCGGUGCGGCGCCCAGGCCGUUGGCGAGGCGGUAGAGGCGGCGGAAGGGACGUACGCGGCGGAAAUUCGCUGUGAUGCGCAAGCGCAAUCGCGUCCUCUGGCUCCGGGUCCGGACAGCUCCACUCCAGAGAUUGUUAUCGCCCAGAGACUGAGCUCGAGGCCACGCCCCUCGAGACCAAUGAGCCAGUGGAGGAGGACUAUGUGGUUGCUAAGGGAAACCUUCAAGCGGCAAGAUGGCGUCCUCCAGUGAGGGACGCCCCAGCUACCACCCGCCGCGCAGGGACCAACCCGGGCGGCCUCCGCGGGACGGUUACGGAGUCUACGUGUACCCAAAUUCUUUCUUUCGAUAUGAAGGAGAGUGGAAAGGAGGAAAGAAACACGGUGAGGACCGUCUGUGGCCUCUUCCUGCAGCCUCACCGCUGACAGCCCGUUUCCCACUGGAGCUGGGGGCGGGUUGGGGGAAGCUGCUCUUCCGAGACGGCAGUUACUACGAAGGCGAGUUUGUGGACGGAGAGAUCACAGGGGAGGGCCGCCGGCACUGGGCCUUGACAGGGAACACCUACACUGGACAGUUUGUUUUGGGCGAGCCUCAAGGACAUGGCAUCAUGCUGUACAAAGCCGGCGGGUAUUACGAAGGGGAGCUGUCCGGCGGCGCGAGAGAAGGGCAGGGGCGUCUGGUGGACGCGGAUGGACAGGUGUACUGCGGGUCGUUUCAUGACAACAGGCGGCACGGCCGAGGGUGGAUGAUCUUCCGGAAUGGUGACGAGUAUGACGGCGACUGGGUCCAGGACCGGCGCCAGGGCCGCGGGGUUCUGAGCUGCGCCGACGGCUCCAUCUAUGAGGGUCAGUGGCACAGCGACGUCUUCAGUGGACUGGGCAGCCUAGCCCACUGCUCUGGGGUCGUCUACCGAGGGAUGUGGGUCAACGGCCACCCCAUGGCGCAAGCCACGAGGAUGGUGAUUCUGGGUCCGGAGGUGUUGGACGUGGCCCAGGGAGCUUCUCUCACUUUGACGGUCCAGCUGCAGCAGGCGGACGGGGAGGUGGCCAAGGGCGAGGACGGCAGGGUUUUGAAGGUCUCAGCGGGUGUCAGGCGUGUGCAGCUCCCAGCAUACUCGGAGGUCAUCUUCUUCAAAGUGGACGAAGGUGGCAGAGAGACACCCAUCCAGACCCCAUUCGGGUUCCAGUGUCUCUCCUUCCCUCUGUCCAGCCCCCAGUCCGGGGGCCUGGAGCCCAGAGCUGCCCUAGGAAGUGCCGAUGCCGACUCGCCUCCCGCUGAGGCAGACCCCAUGCGCCGGGCCGUCGCUCACCCCUCAGCCAGGAGACACGAGACCCCCUGUCCCAAGCACUGUCAGCGUGUGGAGCGAGGCUAUGCCCAGUUCCAGACGUCUGCCUCGGCGCCCCUCCGCCCGAGCACCGCCCCAUCCUGUUCCUGGACAGCCUCCACGAGGCAAGCGGCCGGCCCGGAGGGCUGGGCCCCAGAAACAUGACGCCCACAGCGCAGGACUCGCCAGAAGGCAGCAGGCCUGACAGGGCGGCCAUGGCAGAGCCAGCGGCAGCGGCCUUCCCAGGGGAGUACGUCGUCAUGGUUCAGGAUGUGACCGACCCUCCGUUCCUGGGCCGCACGCUGCCCACCGCCUUCAAACACCUCCGGGUCUCA